GUGUUUAUUUAACUGCUCCUGUUGUGAACCCGAUGAAAGUGGCCUCCUGCUGUUAGCAUGUUAGCAAGGCGUAGACAGACCUGCAGCUGGUAGCCGGUUAGCGACAGAGCUAAGCUAACAGGAGGAAAUCAGAGGAUUUCUCAAAGAGGGAAGUCAGCUGAUUGUGUUUAAUACUUAAUCAAUAUGGCUGCUUUCACUCUGCGUGACUGUCACGGUGUUAAACGCCUCAUGCUAAAGCUGAACUCCGGGUUUAGCUUAGCUCUGGUUUAGCCUAGCCGGCUGCUUCCUUUUGUUUGUUGGCCAGUUAAACGGUUUCGGUUGAGCUUGUUUCAGCACAGGGUUGAUUAAACGGAGACAGACACUCAGACAGGGAUCAAGAUGACAGCCGCACCUUACAACUACUCCUACAUCUUUAAGUACAUCAUCAUCGGUGAUAUGGGAGUAGGGAAGUCAUGUCUGCUGCACCAGUUCACAGAGAAGAAGUUCAUGGCAGACUGUCCUCACACCAUCGGGGUGGAGUUCGGGACCAGGAUCAUGGAGGUCCACGGUCAGAAGGUGAAGCUGCAGAUUUGGGACACGGCUGGUCAGGAGCGCUUCAGGGCCGUCACCAGGUCAUAUUACAGAGGGGCCGCUGGGGCCCUCAUGGUGUAUGACAUCACCAGGAGAAGUACUUACAAUCACCUGAGCAGCUGGUUGACGGACGCCAGGAACCUGACCAACCCAAACACAGUGAUCAUCCUGAUCGGUAACAAGGCCGACCUGGAGGCUCAGAGAGACGUGACGUAUGAGGAGGCCAAACAGUUUGCUGAGGAGAACGGUUUGCUGUUUCUGGAGGCCAGCGCCAAGACAGGGGAGAAUGUGGAAGAAGCCUUCUUGGAGGCAGCGAAGAGGAUUUACCAGAACAUCCAAGAUGGCAGUCUGGACCUGAAUGCUGCAGAGUCGGGAGUCCAGCACAAACCGUCUGCACCUCAGGGAGGUCGCCUCAACGCCGACAGCCAGCCGGCCAAAGACGGCUGCAGCUGCUAACCAGAGACAGAAACUUCAAACCCGACGGACGGACGGAGACGGACACAGAGAGAUCCCUCUUCACCAGGCUCAACCUGCGCCUGCACCAGAGUCACCACACAGGAUUUAGAUGGAUUAUAUUUCAUAUCUCAGUGCUCACAUGGCCCAAACAGUUCAGUCCUCCAAUCAUCCAAACAUUUACCAGCUUUGGUUCAAUCAGGACUCCAACCAACUCCAGAAUCUCACAGCUAGCUGGUCCUCUGUGCCUGAGCUGAAUCAGGACCAUCCCAGACCUAAACUAGAUCACUGACUGGACAAAACGAAUCCCUCAGCGCAAAUCUCAACCAGUGUCCACACCUGAUUCACGUCGGGUCUCAUUCCAACAACCUCGACCUCCUUCAGCCCACAUUCGGUCACAUCUGGGCUGUUGUGACCCCAGAGAGCAGUGAGGGCUGUCUGACUGAGACACGACCGUGAUCCAGACUGCAAAACAUCAUGAGACAAAGGCUCAAAAUUGGCAAUUUAACCCCUGAAUAGAAAAGUCCUAAACCAUUAACCUUUCAACCCAUUUCCCCAAAACUGGACCACACCCUGGACCUUGUUUCUUCCAGGUCUUCAGUGCUGUUGGCCAGAUUCAAGACACACCAAGAGGGAUGAAGAGAAAACCCUUCUCCUGAACAGGAGCUCAGUCAACCAGAGCAAACUUGGCUGUCCCUCACAUUUGGACUUUCCUUGUCAAACGAGACAAAAGAAGACACAAGGCUCAAAUUCUUAAAUUCAUAGCUUUGGCUGAAGCCGGACUGCUCCUGGUCCAGAUCUUUAAAUCUAGACUGCAGGGUCAAAUUUAGCUAUAAAUCUGCCCGCCGCCUGAUUCUGAUGUUCUCUUUGAUAUGAACUUCUGAAUGUGCCGUCGUUCUAAUGUCUUACACGUGUGUGAUGUCCCAUCAUUUGUUGUCCAGUUGGAAAAGAUUUAUUCUUCAGAAUGGUCAAAUCUAAGAGAGCGCGCCCGGACAUGUGAGCUCACCACCAAACAUUUCCCUGCUCUGCUGUUCCUCACUGCAGCGUGGACCGAUGAGCCGGUCCAUGUUGAUGUGGGUCAGAGACUUUUGAAGCUGUUGUUCUUGUGAGCCGACGCAUCCUAGAGCUGAUGAUGUCAUUUUACUUAAAGCAUGUUAAAGGGGCACUCCACUGAUUUUACUCUUCGGGAUCAGCUUCAGCCUCUUGUGGCGACCCUCCUGAAGUCUGUACAAAUAACCCAGUUCACCAGGCAGAGUGGAUCUGCUGGGUUUUAUGGUUUGACCCGUAUUAUGUACUAAAUAUCAGGAUAUGUUGGGCUUCGUGUUUCAGAUUUGAGCAGCCUGCCUUUAAUAUUUCUCUCAUAUGUUCCCCAGAUUUAUGGAUACUGGAGCUUUAGAGCAGCAAAUCAGUGGAGUGCCCCGUUGAUCCCCGCUGUGGGAGGUGUCACAGAAAUAAUCGGGAAAAUGUCGACAGAAAAGCGCGAGGAUGUCUGACGCAUCAUUUGAACACACAGAACAGCAUUAACUCACACAUGACUCGUCUUCAUGGGUCCAAGACCGACGCGUGGAACCCGACAUGCAUACGAGUUCAGUUUUAAACAAAAGAUGGACGCUGACGACACUAAAAACGCUGACCGACCAAAUUAAACUCAAUUAUUCAGACCCAGUUUAACUUGGGCCCUCGAAGACACCCAAACCACGUCUCCACACUUUGCCUUUUUAAAAAUAUCUUAACUGAAUAACUUCACUGAAGGCGACUCUGAAUAUUGAUCGCUGUGUGGAGAGAAAGCGACUGAUCGAUGAAGGAAAAAAAAAACUGAACCAGAAUGUCAGCACCGGUCUGCAGUGGAUCACAAGUUCAGGAUAGAGUUUAAUUACAUUCUUCUUGUUAAUGUUGUUUGUUUUUUUUUCUAACGUGUUUCCGAAUAUUUGUAUACAGAAUAUCUCCGACGUCACGGCGCCCCUGGUGGCCAUCUCUUGCAUCCCUCCUGGUUUAGUUGGUGCUGAAGGAGGAGAAAUGACCACGAGAGGAAGCCACGCAGAUUCUUUUAAUUUAUUACUGCCAGUUUUUGUUGUUUGGUUUGCUUUUUAACGUUAGGCCGGGAUUACACUUUACUUGAAUGAGUUAUUCUGGUUUCUGGUUCAUUACACAGAUUUACGUGAGUGUCAGCGAAGGUGUAGAAACUGAACUGAACCUUCAGCUCUGCCAAAAUAUGAGACAAAUGAAAACGCUUGAUAUCCUGAGAAGACGAUCUGAGACAAUCCAAAGUAUUUUGCCGUCUGAUAAAAUGUUAGCGUUUUCCUUUAAUCCUGAUCUGGUUCAGAACAAACUGUCCUGAGCCUCGACGUCCUCAAGUGCUUCAAAGUUUUCUCUGACAGCUGUCAACAAAAUGAUUAAAUGUAAAAUGAAUUCCUGGAGUUUGGAGUUCGAUCCCUGCGCUACAUGAACCAGUUCUCCCAGUUUAACUGGAUCGCUCAGUAAAUGUUGUUCCUUAAGAAUCAUUCCAGCACUAAACAGCUACAGAACACCAACCGUGUUGCUCUGCUAAACUUUAUUUUACACUUUUUAAAAUGGUUUUAAAGCUAAAUUCUUUCAAUUUUGAGGUCACCUGAGAUGAAAACAAGCCGACUGAUUCCAGUCGUUUGAUUCAGUGCUUUAAAAUAAAUCUGAUGUUUCUUCUUUGUUCUCAGAUUUACACUAAACUGUCAAGCUUCCAGUUUCUGUCCCGUGUGUCUGCAGCAGGUGGAACACUGCCUGAAAUGAUCUCAACUGACACGUAAAUACAAUAUCAGGAGGAAUUUGAGAAUUUUUAAAAAGCCAGAGAAAUGUUUGAGUCCCAGAACAUCAGCGACCAUCUGAAGAAUCACAGGAUGAAUGAGGAUGAAUCAGUGAAUCUGUCGGUUCAUCAUUCAUCCUUGUUUCUCUGUGUGAGAUGAACAUGGAAGCUGUUGAAGAUCAACGUGCUCAUAAACAUUUAAAAUGCAGUUUUUAAACUUUUCACAACAUUUUUAUUAUUCUGGAAUUUUCUUCAGUGAUUCUUUUUUUCCUUUUUAUAAAAAGUGAUAAUUUGAUCACGUGAUCAUUUGGAUUUCUUAUUGAACAAGUUUGACCCGCAUUGCAACAUGAAUUUGAAUUAGUUUCGGAUUAAAUGUAUUGAUGAAGAUGAUUGAUCUCUUGUGUUCCCACUCGUCUCCUCUGGGACUCCGCACAGUUGAGACGUAGUUUCCCAUUAAUCUUUAUUUAAACUUUAAAAAGCAGAACUUUAUGGAAACUGUUGUUUUUCCCGCGCAGCUUACUUCGACCUCGUCCUCUGUCGGUACGGCGGUUCAGAUUCUGGUCCGGUGUCGAGUCCCGCUCACAUCUCAUGUACCUGUCCGAUCGAACCUGACGCAGAUGUGAAAGUGUUGAGAAGCGCCUCAACGCAGAACCGGGUUUUAAAAUGUGCCACAUCUGUCUGAAUGGGGGGCGAUCGGUGUGAUGUCACUCCUCGCUGACCUCUGAUUGGUGGACAGCAGCCUUCUUCAACUGUGAUGCUUGAUUUAAAGCUGAAGCCCCGCCCCCUCCCUCACUGUAAAUCAAAACACAUCUGACGCCCCGCCCCCCCGAUAAUAUUCUGCACGUGGGAAAACAAAUAUUUCACUCUGGAAGAUCUGAACAACUUUCCAGAAACCAAAGAGUCUCAAACGUCAGAAAACCUCGAUGUUAAAGUUCUGCUGUGAUGUUGUGACCGCCGCCUUAAUCUCCCCUCAGCAGAGGAAACUAAAGCGUCAAGAGAAUAAUCUGACCCGUCUCCCUGGUGUUGUCUCAACAAAUUCCUAAAUUUGAUCGCUGAUCCAAGAGAACAAGAACAUCUAUAAAUAUUUUAAUUCAUUUUUAAAUUGUUCUUACUGUCUGUAGCAGAGAGAGCAUCAGUGUCAGUUUGACAGACAUCCUGUUUAACUGCCUGCUCGCUCGCUGUGACGUCCUCUGUACAUCUUAUUUUCUUUGUUGAUUUUCUGUCUGCUAACGUAACAAACAUGCUUCUUAUGAUCCUUUGACUAUUUAUAUUCAAAAAUGUGAUGAUUUUCUUCAGCUGUACCUUCUCAUUGUAAGACCGCAGGGGUUCAGUUCUUUGUAAAUAAAGUAUAUAUACUGUAUAUA